AUGAAGCCCCGCGCUUUCCGUGAUAUGAGACCCUCCAUGCUGAAAAACCCACUUCUCAGCCGUAAUAAGGUAGGACAUGCACCACCAUCUACUCAUGACCUUCCUCCGGAGGAUUUCAGGUACGGAUGCAGGACUAAAGUUGGUGAUGGUGUUAAAGAGAUGUUCCAGAACUGGGAAAAGGUUGAUAACCCACCAGAGCAAUUACCUUCAACACGUAGAACAACUGAAUUUAAACCCAGCAAUGACUAUAUAGCUACCAAUCGUGCUGCUAUCAGACAUGGAUGCCGCACAGCCAAAGAAUUUAGAGAGUACCAGCAGAAUCACCCAAUUAUGAAGAAACCAGAAAUGCUGACGGCGCAAUGGAAUCAAAAUCAGACUUCCACACACGUGUUGUUAACAUGA